AUGAAGGAGAUGGAACCCAAGGACCAGCAGCUCAUGGUAGCGCUUCGGAUCCGCCCGCUCAGUGGCGCAGAGCUGGAGGAGGGAGCCACCGUCAUUGCCCACAAAGUGGGUGACCAGAUGGUGGUGCUCAUGGACCCCGGCGAGGACCCCGAGGACACACUGCGCACACACCGGUCCCGGGAGAAGACCUUCAUCUUUGACACUGUUUUUGACCAGCAUGCGUCGCAGGAGGACGUGUACCGUGCCACCACCCAGCACCUGGUGGAAGGCGUCGUCUCUGGAUACAACGCAACGGUGUUUGCCUAUGGCCCCUCAGGUGCUGGGAAGACCUACACCAUGCUGGGCAUGGACGCGGAGCCUGGCAUCUACCUGCAGACCCUCUCCGACCUCUUCCGGGCCAUCGAGGAGACCCGGGGCAACGUGGACUACAGCGUGUCCAUGUCUUACCUGGAGAUUUAUAACGAAAUGAUCCGGGACCUCCUGAACCCAUCCUCGGGGCUUCUGGACCUGAGGGAAGAUGCCAGGGGCAGCAUCCAGAUCGCGGGCAUCACGGAGGUGUCCACCUCCAACGCCCAGGAGAUCAUGCAGCUCCUCACAAAAGGCAACCGGCAGCGCACGCAGGAGCCCACGGCGGCCAACGGGACGUCGUCCCGCUCCCACGCCCUGCUGCAGGUCACCGUGCGCCAGCAGAGCCGGGGCGCCCCCCCGCGGCAGGGCCUGCGCCUCGGGAGGCUGUUCCUGGUGGACCUGGCCGGCUCGGAGCGGGCGUCCCAGACGCAGAACCGUGGCAAGAGGAUGCAGGAGGGCGCUCACAUCAACCGCUCGCUGCUGGCGCUGGGCAACUGCAUCAACGCGCUCAGCGAGAAGGGCGGGGGCCGCACGCAGUACGUGAAUUUCAGGGACAGCAAGCUCACGCGCCUGCUGAAGGACGCCCUGGGAGGGAACAGCCGGACGGUGAUGAUCGCUCACAUCAGUCCCGCCAGCACGUCCUUCGAGGAGUCCAGGACCACCCUGCUGUACGCGUACAGAGCCAAGAACAUCAAGACCAGGGUCAAGCGCAACCUGCUGACCGUGUCCUACCACCUGGACCAGUACACGGACGUGAUCUCCGACCUGCGCAGGCAGAUCGUGCGCCUCAAGUCCAAAAUUGAGAGGCAGGAACAGAAGCAAAGCGAACAGGGGGCCCGGGACACGCAAGUCGCGAUGCCCGCCCAGGACUCGGAGGACAGCCGCCUGCAGAUGCAGGAGAUCCGGGCGCAGCUCCUUGGGGCCUUCAAGGAGCAGCUGGAGAUGCGGCGCAGCCUGGUGGAGCUGGAGGACGCCAGCAUCGAGCUGCACGCCCACGUGUCCCGCCACCUGCUGGCCAUCGCGGACUGGGAGCGGGAGAAGACCCACCAUCGAGGCCAGGCCAGGACACCCGAGGGGGCCCAGCAGCAGGUGGCGGCCGACACGGACCAAGACGGGGACCAGGCCGAGCCCGCCGAGCCCCAUGAGGUGGCCCUGGCCAGAGAGGAGGUCAACGUGCUGUUAGCCGAGCAGCGGAAAACUGUGGCCCUCAAGGCUGGGCUGGAGCGGCGCCUGGCCAGCGCCAAGAGGAAGGCCUCGCGGCUGGAGAGGACGCUGCCCCGGCAGGCGGUCAGCGAGGGCCAGAGGGAGGCCCUGCGGCUGCUGUGCGGGGCCCACGAGCGGGAGGCGGAGAGCGCGGCGCUGCAGGCCGGCCGCCUGCGCACGCAGCACCUGCUGGGACAGAAGGACCUGCUCAUCCGGCACCUCCAGCGGCACCGGCUGCUGAGCGAGCGGCUCAUCCGGGGCCAGCGGCAGCUCAUCCAGGGUGAGGCCCGGGCUCCGCGUCUCCCUCGCCUGUGUCCCAGGAGCCACCGCUGCGGGGAGCGCGGUGACGCUGCAGAGAUCUGGGAGCGGGAGAAGACCCACCAUCGAGGCCAGGCCAGGACACCCGAGGGGGCCCAGCAGCAGGUGGCGGCCGACACGGACCAAGACGGGGACCAGGCCGAGCCCGCCGAGCCCCACGAGGUGGCCCUGGCCAGAGAGGAGGUCAACGUGCUGUUAGCCGAGCAGCGGAAAACUGUGGCCCUCAAGGCUGGGCUGGAGCGGCGCCUGGCCAGCGCCAAGAGGAAGGCCUCGCGGCUGGAGAGGACGCUGCCCCGGCAGGCGGUCAGCGAGGGCCAGAGGGAGGCCCUGCGGCUGCUGUGCGGGGCCCACGAGCGGGAGGCGGAGAGCGCGGCGCUGCAGGCCGGCCGCCUGCGCACGCAGCACCUGCUGGGACAGAAGGACCUGCUCAUCCGGCACCUCCAGCGGCACCGGCUGCUGAGCGAGCGGCUCAUCCGGGGCCAGCGGCAGCUCAUCCAGGACAGUGGCCUCCGGGUGCCCACGGCGCUGGACGAGCAAUAUGGCCUGUACGCGAGGGAGCUGGGCGAGGGCUCGCUGGACCGCCUGCUGCUGCUGCACUCAGCGGUGGCUGGCUCCCUGCAGGGUGGCUCUGUCGUGAACGCGUCUCCAUCCCCAGAGGAGUCCAGCCGAGACCAGCCAGACGACAGGAAGGACCUCCCGUGGGGCGCCCGGUUUGAGCUGGAGACGGACAGCGAUGGUUACAGGUCGUCCAAAUCCACACCCUCGAAAAAGCUUGGGAGGCAGGAUGCCCUCCUUCCUCCACUGCCCCUCCGCGUCCUGCUCACGCCACCAGCGCAAGAGCAGUCAAGUUCUCUGAGUACGAAGAACUUGGUCUCCAAGCUGAGCUCCCCGGCCCACCCGGAGCUGGGCCCCCCGAGGGUGGCGGCCGUGGACCUCAAGGAGGUGGCCCAAAGCACCAAGAGCAUCGCCCUCAUCGCGGCCUCGAGGCGCUCCAAGGCGCAGGACCAUGAGUGUGGCAGUGGCCGCUCCUCUCUUCACCUUCCCGAGGAGGUGGCCCCGGACUCCAGGGACCUGAGCCCAGCAGACAGGAGGUGGCCCUGCGCCAGCCCCGGCAGGGACAGCUCCUCCGAGAGCAAGGCCAGGAGGAAGCGGUCCCCCGGCCUCCCCUGCGGUGCGCAGCCGGCAACGGAGACGCCUCAGCUCCCCUCCCAGGAGCCUUUAGCUGAGAGCCAGACGCCCCCGGUACCCCACCAGCUGUCAACGUCGUCGGGAAGGGGCCUCUUCCCUGCCGUCCCUGCGGCCUCCAAGGUGCAGCCCAGCCUUCGCGGCCACGCAGGAUAUGGGGGUGUUUCCAGUUGA